AUGGACAUUAGUGCUGUAUUCCAUGAUGGGAUCAGGGCCGAUCAUGACGAAGAACUUCUUGAUGAAGAUGAAACAGCUGAGGAAUCGGACCGCUUAUACCGCGUGGUCAUUUUCUGCGACUUUAUCAAGUGCAUUCCUAACAUCAAUGCAUCACUUGGCAGCUUCGAGGACGACCCGGCCAAGUUAGAAGACUUCAUUAAUGCAGUGAACACUUGCAAGCUGAAGGACCUCUGUCCAUCAUAUUUGCUUGACGACCCUUCAAAACCCGGGGCUGCAUUGGACCCUCCAAUUGUCAAAGGACAAUCCAAGUCACUCCGUGGGUGGCACCACAAAUCUACUGCACGAGCACUCUGUCCUAUGGUUGACAUCAAGAAAUUUGAUGAAGACCCCCAUAUUAUCAAUGGCGAGAAGAGACCACCAUCAUUCAAAAAACUUCCCUCAUGUUUAUAUGACAAAUCAAUUGCUGACCCGAAACUGAAGCACGUGGGGUUUCUGUGUGGCAAACCUCUCGAACGGACAUUCCGAGCUAUCUUCACAGGACCUCUCACAGCACUCGAUCCAACAUCACGCAAAGGCACCAAACACCCUAAAGGCAUCAUUCACAGUAUGACGGAACCUUCUGCCCCUGCUAUCGCCUAUGCUGCUAUCCAGUUGUUUGUUUCAUUAUCAUCCGCCGAACAGUGGACAUCAGAGGUCACUGGACUCGAUCUUUACGAGUUGUACAUGUCAAUCGUCGACUCACUGAAACGGACCGAUCAUCCUUGGGUGAAAGAGACCCUCGACUACUGGACAAAGUUUUGUCUGUCCCCACCACCUGAACAACAACAGUGUCCCUCGCCUCCGCCACCCGAACAACAACAGCGUCAGCCAACACCACCACAACACUCACCCCAAGGUUCCCACCAUGCUGAUGAGGAUGAGGACAAGAGGUUGACCCCUCCACCUUCAACUCCUCCACCAGUCACCAAACGCAAGGCUGCCAAGUGUGGCAAGGCCACUCGUCGAAAACACUGA